CACAAGGAGGCGAUCAUAUAUUUUUACUUUUUGACAGUUUUCAAAAAAAGAUUGCGAAUGUAUCAGGGAAAUUUGUCUUUUCGCACUCCAUAUCUCACAAUUUUAGACUUCUUAUCUAUCUUCAAAACUAAUAAUAUUAUCACAACCCGUUAAAGAUCUUCAUAUUCCAUAAUUUUGUGCAAUGGCAUAAGUAUUUAUAAUACUGAAAUUGUUGUUGUAACCUCGCUAAUCGUGAAUGUCGGCUCAUCGUUUUUACACUUGUUAUAUACAAGGUACCAAGGAUGUGGAAAAGUUCGAAGAUCUAUUGUGAAAAGAUUGCGAAAAUAAAAAUUAGUUCUUGGUGGAAUUUUCCACGAGAGUUUAGAUGUACAGCUGUGAAGCAUACAGAUAAAUUUUCUGAAAAUGAAUGUGCAAUACUUCCAAAAGAAACUCAGGUUGUCAUAUGUGGUGGAGGUGUUAUGGGUGCAGCUGUAGCAUAUCAUCUUUCAAUGAUGGGUCUAGGAUCACAAACAAUAUUAGUUGAAAGUGGCAGAGUGGGAGAAGGGACAACAUGGCAUUCAUCUGGUCUAGUCGGAGCUUUUAAACCAAGCCUGGCUCAAGUAAAGUUAGCUCAAGAUAGUAUUUCUUUAUACCAAGAAUUAACAAGAAAAGGUUUACCCACAGGAUGGAAACAAUGUGGAAGUUUGAACUUAGCACGUACCAGAGAUCGCAUGACCUCAUUUCGAAGAAUGAAAGCUCAAUCUGUAUCAUGGAAUAUUGAAUGUGAAUUGGUAUCUCCAGAAGAAGCACAAGCAUUAUGUCCUAUGAUACAAGUUAAUGAUGUUAUAGGAGGUUUGUGGAUCCCAGGAGAUGGUGUAGGGGAUCCUUAUCAAACAUGUUUAUCAUUAAUUGCUGAAGCCAAAGACAGGGGUGUGCAUAUUUAUGAGAAUUGUAAAAUCACUAGGAUAUUAAACGAAGAAGGUCGUGUCGUAGCAGUGGAGACUACACAAGGAACAGUAGAAUGUCAACACUUUGUCAAUUGUGCCGGAUUCUGGGCGCGCAAUGUUGGAAAAUUGAGUGAACCUCAUGUAAAAGUACCAUUACAUGCUGUAGAACAUUACUAUCUCCAUACAAAACCAUUAGCUGGUUUAGAUCCUAUGACUCCUGUAGUUCGCGAUCUGGAUGGCUACGUUUAUUUUCGUGAGAAUAAAGGUCGUAUUUUAGCUGGAGGCUUUGAACCAGUUGCCAAGCCUGCUUAUGAAGAUGGUAUAAUUCCUGAGAGUACAAGUGAGAGAUUUUUGCCUGAGGAUUGGGAUCAUUUUCAUAUAUUACUUGAACAAAUGCUGCACAGAAUACCAAGCUUAGGUAAUACAAUUUUAGAAAGAUUGUGCAAUGGACCUGAGGCAUUUUCUCCAGAUUGCAAAUGGAUUGUAGGAGAAGCUCCUGAAAUUCGAAAUUACUACAUUGCUGCUGGAAUGAAAACAGUAGGAAUAUCAGCAGCUGGUGGAGUCGGACGAGCAACAGCAGAAUUAAUAACAAGCGGUUCCACGUCUCUUGAUAUGUAUGAACUGGACGUGUCUCGUUUUCUUGGACUGCACAAUAAUCGUAAAUUCUUAAGAGAUCGUGUGAAGGAAGUUCCUGGUAUGCAUUACGCUUUGCAAUAUCCCAACCAUGAGUUUAAAACUGGUAGAAAUUUAAGGAUGUCACCAAUCUACCCAAAAUUGCGAGAAGCUGGAGCUGUCUUUGGUCAGGUAAUGGGAUACGAGAGGCCAUCCUGGUUUCAACCUGACGAAGAACAUGAAUUAGAUCCGCUUGACGGAUCACAGCGAUACAAAAUUGCGUAUACAAAUACUUUUGGAAAACCGCCAUGGUUCGACUGCGUGGCAAAAGAAUAUGCGGCCUGUAGAGAAACCAUUGGACUCAGUGAUUAUUCUUCAUUUACUAAAAUUGAUCUAUGGUCAAACGGUACGGAAAUUGUAGACCUGUUACAAUAUUUAUGUUCAAAUGAUGUUGACGUGCCAGUAGGAAGCAUAAUUCAUACCGGUAUGCAAAAUCGUCGUGGCGGUUAUGAAAAUGACUGCAGUUUAGCCAGAAUUGCACCAAAUCACUACAUGAUGAUUGCCCCUACGAUUCAACAAACUCGUUGUAAACAUUGGAUCAGCCGACAUUUACCAGCUGAUGGUUCUGUUGCUGUGUCUGAUGUAACAUCGGCAUAUACGGCUAUAUGUAUAAUGGGCCCUGCCACACGUCAAUUAUUAUCAGAACUGACUGACACAGACUUGAACCCAAAGAAUUUUCCAUUUUUCACGUUCAAGGAGCUAGACGUUGGCUUAGCUAAUGGAAUCCGUACAAUGAAUUUAACCCAUACGGGAGAACUCGGUUAUGUUCUCUACAUACCAAACGAGUUUGCUUUGCACGUCUAUACCAGGCUAAUAGAUGCUGGAGCUAAAUACGGAAUAAGUCAUUCUGGUUAUUAUGCCACAAGAGCGUUGCGUGUUGAGAAAUUCUAUGCUUUCUGGGGUCAGGAUUUGGAUACGUUCACUACACCCUUAGAAUGCGGUAGAUCCUGGCGAGUAAAAUUUGAUAAAGAUAUAGAUUUUAUUGGGCGAGAUGCUCUUCUAAAGCAACGCGAGGAAGGCGUAAAACGGAAAUACGUCCAAUUGCUGUUAAAUGAUCAUGAUUUGGAAUUUGAUACGUGGUGCUGGGGUGGUGAGCCUAUUUAUCGUGAUGGGAAAUAUUGCGGUAUGACUACGACAACCGGUUAUGGAUUCACAUUCAAGAAGCAGGUCUGCCUUGGGUUUGUACAAAACCUCGAUUCUGAGGGAAAACCACAGGAAGUAACAAAUGAAUACGUUUUAUCUGGGGAUUAUGAAGUGGAUGUCGCGGGUAUAAAGUUUCACGCAAAAUGUCAUUUGCACAGUCCCAAUCUCCCGACAAAGUUCCCCGACGUAGAGCGGGACGCUUAUCACGCGACACGAGAUCAACAGACAUCAUAAUGAUUGCUCAUGUGCUUCCAGUUGUGUACAAACGAUGUAUAUAGAAACAUUUAAUAAAUUAUUUAAUAAAUGC